CUUCAGGUGAACUUGACACUUUCAGUUCAGACAAACAGCAGCAUGAAGCUCAGCGGUUUCACCUGUGGACUGCUCCUCCUGGUCUUCUCCUCCACAGGAGCAGAGGCGCAGACAGACGUCUGCGGUAAACCCCCCCUCAACACCAAGGUGGGGUCCAGGAUCGUUGGAGGCCAGGCCGCUGCUGCGGGGGCGUGGCCCUGGCAGGUCAGGAUGCUGUUACCAGUAAUCGGGGGGACGGCUCUCUGUGGGGGGUCUCUGAUCAACAGCCAGUGGAUCCUGAGUGCCGCUCACUGUUUCAGCAGCACCAGCACUUCAGGUGUGGUCGUUUACCUGGGAGAGACAGGAAUAUACAACAGUCCUAACUCUGUGAGCAGGACGGUGUCCCGGAUUAUCGUACAUCCAAACUACGACAAGCUAACUCAGGACAACGACAUUUCCCUGGUGGAGAUGGCCUCACCUGUGACCUUCAACGACUACAUCAGCCCCGUUUGUUUGGCGGCACAGGGCAGCGACUUCCCCGGUGGGACCACCGCCUGGGUCACCGGCUUUGGGCAGCUUUCAUUUGAAGGAAGUACGUCUUCCACUCUACAGGAAGUGAGCGUUCCCAUCGUGUCCAACACUCAGUGUAGCGCUAAUUAUGCUGAGAUCAUGGCGAUCACCAGCAACAUGAUGUGUGCUGGUCUGACAGAGGGAGGGAAGGAUUCCUGUCAGGGAGACUCAGGUGGUCCACUGGUCAGUAAAGACCAAAGCAGGUGGGUCCAGGCUGGAGUGGUGAGCUUCGGAGAAGGAUGUGCUCAGCCAAACUUCCCGGGAGUCUACACCCGGGUCUCAGAGUACCAGACCUGGAUCCGCAGCCAGGUCAGGGGCUCCCAGCCGGGAUUCGUCACCUCCAUCCGCUCCUCCAGCAUCUCAGCAGCUCACUUCAUCUCCAUGGCUGUGCUGCCCGCCCUCUUCUCCAUCUUUGUCCUCUUCUGAGAGCUUUGAAGAAGUUCUUCAGGACGCACAGAAACUCUGGGUCAGAACCUGCAAAGAAGUUCACUUUAGAAAAUCUCAAGACGUGUUCAGUUUGUCCCUCUUGAGCUUCUGUACAGAAAUGAAUCCUACUUUGAUUUGAUUUGGGUGUAAAUGAAGGGAUAAAACUGGUUAUUAUGUACCCUAA